AUCAAUUAACAAAUUAUAUGGCCAUAUUACGAAUAAGUAACCGCAAACUAUAAAUAAUCCGGGGAGUGACUAUAUACCGAGAUUCGGAUCGACCUGGCAAUUUUUGGGGUAAUAAUUUUAAAAUUUCUGUGGAAGUAUACGUACUACAAUAAAAUUAUGGCUCCUUCAUAUUUGUCAGGGGCACGUUCUAGGAUGUAGAGAAAGAUCUAAUUGGCCUGUAGAUUGAAAUUAGAGGUGCAAUCUCGGUAAUGAUCCCUUAUCGGUGUUACAGUAGUAAUUAGCGGCUUAGUUAGUUAGUUAGUCAGUUAGUGAGUGAGUGAGUGUAGAAGAAAAAUAAUUAGUACAAGAGCAAAUGGCAUCUCUAGAAGGAUAAGUAAUUUACGUUACGAUGACGGGAAUUACCGCGAAGGACAGGCUAUCUAAGCUCCAACAAUUAAAAAAUAAGAAACAAGAAUUAUUAGCUCAGUCAAAGAAGGAUCUCGUAGAAGAUUUCAGGAAUAAGAAGAGAGUAAGUGUUCAACAGAGUGAGACACCAAAAGAUCCUACCGAUUAUAAACCUAAAGAUGAACCAACUGAUAAUCGGAAACGAAUAUUAGAGUAUACUAUUGAAGAAUCUCAACAAUGGGAUAAAAAACAGAAACAGUUAAAGAAGAAUCAACGUCAACAUGGAUAUGCUAAUAUGAAUACUUUAGCAGAAAGUACAUACAAUAAAGAAAUACAAACACUACAAGUUGAUAAAGAAGAUUAUAAAAUUCAAAAGGAAGUUAAGACUAUAUCAAAUACAGAUCCUAUACGACAGCUUCAACAUAAACCAUCUAAACAUGCAGUGGAAACAUUAGUAAAUCAUAUAGAAGAAGAGAAUGAUCGUAGACAAUCUAAAAGGCGAAACAAACGUGAUGAUGGAGCCUCAAGUUACAUCAAUGAUAAGAAUAAAGAGUUUAAUAAGAAACUUGAUCGACAAUAUGGGCAAUUGUCAAGCAAGUAAUAUCAUAUACAUAUACAUACACAUAUACAGACAUAGAUAUAUAUAAACAUAGUAAAUCCUCUGUAAAUAGUUAUAUAUAGUAGUAGCUAUACUCAGUUAUAGUAGAAUUCACGUGACUCAGUAUAGGC